CAUUAUGGACGGCCGUGAUCGCCCCCAGCCUCAUUGUUGCUCGCAUCAGCAAAAAUUUUGAUAACCCAAUCCCUUCCUCUUCCCCCGUGAGGUGCGGGCGCGAGCGAUGCGGAGCAGCAGCCAUGGAGGUCGUCAGCCUCAAACCCUUCUUUAGGGUUCCUCCCUCUUCUCAUAUCCAUCAAAACCCUACCCGUUCCCGUUCCACGCUCCUCUCCCAUCAUUCCCGAUCCAAACCCUCGCCCGUCUCCAUCUCCAUCGAUUCCCCGGCCAGGAGGUCACCCCCCACCGUCGCCGCCCGAUCUGUCUCCAGCUCCCCUCGCUUCAACCCGUUCUGCCUCCUCCUCCCCAUCCUCCACUCCUUCGGUGGGUUCGUCCUCUCCCGGCUGCCAAAGGUGCGAUCUUGGCUGCACGGCGGCCUCGAUGGUCGCGACGGGGAGGACGGCUACCUUUGCUGCGGCAGCAUCGGGACGCUGCUGAUGAGCACCACCGCAGCGGUGUCCAAGGCCCGGGUCAGCCCCUUCCUGUGGACGCUGGCCGGGAACCCGACCUUCGUGUCGGGGCUCGUGGCCUGGUCCCUGGCGCAGACCAUAAAGAUGUUCCUCAACUUCUUUGUGGAGCGGAGGUGGGACCUCGGGAUGCUGUUCAGCUGCGGGGGAAUGCCGUCGUCCCACUCGGCGCUUUGCACCGCGCUCACGGCUUCGGUGGCGUUAUGCCAUGGAGUGAGCGACUCGCUGUUCCCCGUGUGCCUUGGCUUCAGCCUCAUCGUCAUGUAUGAUGCGAUUGGCGUCAGACGGCAUGCCGGCAUGCAGGCUGAGGUACUUAAUAAGAUCAUCGAGGACUUGUUUCAAGGGCAUCCCAUCAGUGAAAGAAAGCUAAAGGAGCUCCUGGGUCACACGCCAUCGCAAGUAUUUGCCGGGGCUGUUCUCGGCAUCUUGGUUGCUUGCAUCUGCUGUCAAGGUUCUGUUGCCCCAAUUUAGAUGCUCCAUCAGGUGACAUUGUCAAGUAACAAGAAUUCAAGUGUAUCAACAAACUAUAUUAUUUAUGUGGCACUCGAAGCAUGGCUUGUUCACUUCAGGUAAUUUGGGUGAGUGGCAAAGAUAUGCAAAGGGUUAGUGGACUCUGCUUUUAUCGCCGCAUUUAUCUGCAUAGAUGUUCUUCUCAAUUAUAUUUUUCUAUCAUUGCUUUAAAUACAUUGAAUUUGUAGUUUAUGUGGCAUACACACUUGUGUUCCAGAGAUGAUGUCGGCUGUUUACAUGCAUGGCUAUGUUAUCUCUGUUCUUGCUUUUAAA